CCCCGGCCUGCACGCCCCACCCCCGGGGGGGCCCCGGCUCAGAAAGCGUUAACCCUGGAGCUCCCGCCCCAGGUUCCUAAAAAGGAAAGGUGCAAGGUUUGGGGAGAAAAAUGACAGAUCAAAGCCAGGCGACACUUCCUGUUGCCGGGACGCUGUAUAAAAAGUCAGGCGCGCACUGGCUGGAGACGCGCACCUCGCCCAGGUCCCGGCCCCGCCGCGAUGAGGAGCCACACGCUGUGCUGCGCGCUGCUGUUCCUAGACAUCUCCAUUAAAUGGACCAUGCAGGAAACCUUCCCUCCCAAAUACCUUCAUCAUGACCCGGAGACCUCUCGCCAGCUCCUGUGUGACAAAUGUCCUCCAGGCACCUACCUGAAACAGCACUGUACAGCGAGGCGGAAGACCGUGUGCACCCCGUGCCCUGACCACUACUAUACAGACAGCUGGCACAACAGUGAUGAGUGUUUGUACUGCAGCCCGGUGUGCAAGGAGCUGCAGUACAUCAAGCAGGAGUGCAAUCGAACUCACAAUCGCGUGUGUGAGUGUGAGGAAGGGCGCUACCUGGAGCUGGAGUUCUGCUUGAAGCACAGGAGCUGCCCACCCGGAUUUGGAGUGCUGCAAGCUGGAACCCCGGAGCAAAAUACAGUUUGCAGAAGAUGUCCAGACGGAUUCUUCUCCAAUGAGACGUCGUCUAAAGCGCCCUGCAGAAAGCACACGAACUGCAAUGCAUUUGGUCUCCUGCUAACUCAGAAAGGAAACACGACGCAUGACAACAUAUGUUCUGCAAACAGUGAAACAACUCAAAAAUGUGGAAUAGAUGUUACACUGUGUGAGGAGGCAUUCUUCAGGUUUGCUGUUCCUACAAAGUUUACGCCUAACUGGCUCAGUGUCCUGGUAGAUAGUUUGCCUGGAACGAAAGUCAAUGCCGAAAGCGUGGAGAGGAUAAAGCGACGACACAGCUCACAAGAACAGACUUUCCAGCUGCUGAAGUUAUGGAAGCAGCAAAACAGAGAGCAGGACAUGGUCAAGAAGAUCAUCCAAGAUAUCGACCUCUGUGAAAGCAGGGUGCAGCGGCAUAUUGGGCACGCCAACCUCACCUUCGAGCAGCUUCUCAGCUUGAUGGAAAGCUUACCAGGGAAGAAAGUUGGAAUAGAGGACAUUGAAAGAACAAGAAAGACAUGCAAAUCAAGCGAGGAGCUUCUGAAGCUGCUCAGCUUGUGGAGGAUAAGGAAUGGCGACCAAGACACUUUGAAGGGCUUGAUGCAUGCACUCAAGCACUUGAAAACGUACCACUUCCCCAAAACUGUCACUCACAGCCUGAGGAAGACCAUCAGGUUCCUCCACAGCUUUCCCAUGUACAGACUGUAUCAGAAGCUGUUUCUGGAAAUGGUAGGGAACCAGGUGCAAUCAGUAAAAAUAAGCUGCUUAUAAUCAGAAAUGGUCAUUGGACCAUUUCCUCCCAAGGGGCUAGAUGUGCUAGAUGAGUAGAUAGUUUCUCAGGCUUUUGAGGGAGUACAGUGAUCUCUUUCUCGUCACCUGUGCCUAAUUUUGCCGCAGGGCACUAAAAGAAGCUAUGAUGUGUGGAAAGAACUAAUGUCUCCCCAGAAGCUCAGUGAAUCCCAAAUAGUUUGUCCCACUGUCAGAUCUGGCCCAGUACCUACUGAACAUAUUUUCUCUAUUACUGCUUACAAGUAACUCAACUGGAAAUAAUAAUAAUAAUAAUAAUUAGACUCCAUUGUUCCUUUCUAAAUAUGGGAAUGUCUAACUUUAAUAGCUUUGAGAUUUCAGCUAUGUUAGAGGCUUUUAUUAGAAAGCCAUAUUUUUUUUCUGUAAAAGUUGCUAAUAUAUCUGUAACACUAUUACAGUAUUGCUAUUUAUAUUCAUUCAGAUAUAAGAUUUGUACAUAUUAUCAUUUUAGAGAGAAAUGUAUAAGACAACUUUAGAAAGAAAAAUAUAUUCUGUUUAUUAUUAUGACAAAUGAAAGAGAUGAAAUAUAUUUUUUAUUGGAAACGUUAUAGAAUUUUCUAAUAGGUAUUGCUAUUUUUCCUGUGUGGGGUGUUUUUACAACAUAAUUUUAUCUGUAUAAGCUGUAAUAUCAUUUUAUAGAAAAUGCAUUAUUUAGUCAAUUGUUUAAUGUUGGAAAGUGUAUGAAAUAUGUUAUCUGAAUAUCAGAUGCUCUGAGAAAUUGAAUGUACUUUAUUUAAAAGAUUUUAUGGUUUUACUAUAUAUGAACAAUAUCAUUAAAGUUUUCAAAUUAUUUUUUA